GGACUUUGGAAGCUGUUUUUAUAAACUCGUCAAAAUACUUCAAUAGGGCCCCCCUCGUUUCUUCUAUCCCUUCCACCCCUGAAAAAUGGAUCCCGGCGGCGGCGCGUCACUGCCAUCGUCCUGCCCUGACGCUCGCAAGCGGCGCGUAUCCUACUUCUACGAGCCGACAAUCGGCGAUUACUACUAUGGACAGGGCCACCCGAUGAAGCCCCACCGCAUUCGCAUGGCGCACAAUCUCAUCGUCCACUACUCCCUCCACCGCCGCAUGGAAAUCAGCCGCCCCUUCCCCGCCGAUUCCACCGACAUACGGCGCUUCCACUCGCCGGACUAUGUCGACUUUCUUUCCUCGGUCUCCCCCGAUACUCUUCACGACCACACACACGCGCGUCAGCUCAAGCGCUUCAAUGUCGGGGAGGACUGCCCCGUUUUCGACGGCUUGUUCGAUUUCUGUCAGGCAUCGGCCGGGGGAUCCAUUGGCGCCGCCGUCAAGCUCAACAGGCAGGAUGCCGAUAUCGCGAUUAAUUGGGCAGGGGGGUUGCAUCACGCAAAGAAGAGCGAGGCUUCAGGGUUUUGCUAUGUCAAUGAUAUUGUGUUGGGGAUUUUAGAGCUGCUUAAAGUUCAUAGGGGAGCAUUAUUUGUUCAGCUCCAUUUGUUGUGGAUUAAUCGAACUGAUUCCUGGCCUGAUGUUUGUAGUCAUGAAUUUAAUUUUCAAUAUUAUGCUCUUGAAAAUGAGCGUGUGCUUUAUGUUGACAUUGAUGUUCACCAUGGAGAUGGUGUCGAGGAGGCUUUUUAUGUGACUGACCGGGUAAUGACAGUCUCAUUCCAUAAAUUUGGUGACUUUUUUCCUGGAACUGGGCAUAUUAAAGACAUUGGGGUAGGUGCGGGGAAGUACUAUGCUCUUAAUGUCCCGUUAAAUGAUGGGCUGAAUGAUGAAAACUUCCGUACUUUAUUCCGCCCCAUUAUGCAAAAAGUUAUGGAAGUUUACCAGCCAGAUGCUGUUGUUCUUCAGUGUGGGGCAGAUUCAUUGGCUGGCGACCGGUUAGGUUGCUUUAAUUUAUCAGUUAAGGGCCAUGCAGAUUGUCUUCGAUUCUUGAGGUCGUUCAAUGUUCCUCUCAUGGUUUUGGGUGGGGGAGGGUAUACAAUAAGGAAUGUUGCUCGUUGCUGGUGUUACGAGACUGCAGUGGCAGUUGACGUUGAACCAGAUAAUAAGCUGCCUUACAAUGAAUAUUUUGAGUACUUUGGCCCUGAUUAUACACUUCAUGUGGAACCAGGCAUUAUGGAAAAUCUGAAUACAGACAGAGAUUUAGAGAAAAUCAGAAACAUGUUACUUGAUCAACUUUCUAAACUACAACAUGCACCCAGCGUCCCUUUUCAGUACAUGCCUCCAACCACAGAAGUUCCAGAAGAGAGAGAAGAUGACAUGGAAGUGAGACCCAAACCUCGUAUAUGGAAUGGUGAUGCCGAGUAUGAGUCUGAUGACGAUGAGAAUGGGGAAUUUGCACAGCGAAGUUUGAAUGGUGAAGUUACAUAUGAAACAAGUACAGAUAUGAGGUGUAGUUCUGAUACCGUCAAGGAGGAGGAUAGGACUGAUGAACAGAAUCGAAGAUGAUAUUCCUCGCCAAAAAUUACUGACCUCGAAUCGAAUGACUGCUUUACAAACGUUCAUCUUGUACUGUGCUGUGAACUGUGAUUAUUCGAAUUGUGGUUGGCUAUAUGUGUAGUUUUAUUAUGUGCUAUUUCAGAUGUACAAUGACAAAAGAUCUGUUUUAUGGGUCCGUACUGUUGAAAAUUUAGUGGCUACAGCUUGUGAUGUGUUAAAACUGAGAAGGUGAUUGAAACUGAUCCAAAUUAACUCAGUUAAAAUUAUUUGGUAAAUUAAACUGAUAGAUUAGUAGUUUGCUUGGAUGUAGANCAACUCCAUUUAAUGAUAAGGAUAGUGUUGCGUUAUUACUGAUU